GGAAAAACUCGCGCUGUAGUUCAAAAAUACCGCGUAAUCUUUCGGCCGGAAACUAUGGUCUUAUUUUGACAGCGAACAGCUGAUUAACUCCGAGAUGAAGUGAUGGCUUUCUGUGGCGACGAUCGGAGAAAAUGCUGGUCAGGAGAUAACGGACUGAUAGCGAUUGGAGGCCAAACGGCUGCUGUUUGUGCAUUUUAUUCUUCUGCUUUACCAAGUUAGUGAGUGUUGUGAUAAAAUUGAUACACGUGUACAAAAUGUCUAGUCCGACGAAUAAAGCAUCUUCUCAUGGAAGAAAGAACUUUUUUACAACAGUGCAAGUGCCUUUUCCUGAUGUUAUUGGAGGGAAAAUUAAUACUUCUAACUUCUUAGAGGCGUCGAAAGGCGUUGUCGAAUUGGUUGAUAGGUUUGGAGGUAUAUUUGCCCCUGUUAAAUAUGACAUGUCGGGAAAUAUCAAGAAACUUACAGAGAAGUAUGAAAGUAACAAAGAACGGUUCAUGUACCUUAAUGACAUGAUUCUUAUAGAGAAACAAGAAAAUGGCAACUAUGCAACAGAUGCUCUGCUUUGGCUGAGAAGAGCUCUGAAUUUUGUAUAUACGUUUUUUAAGUGCAUCCGAGAAGAUGCUCGCAAAGGAGGAAACACUGAAGAUCUCAUACUAUUUUUACAGAAGGCUUAUGAAGAAACCCUAAAAAGGUAUCAUGGCUGGAUGGCACAACAAGUGUUUGGAUUGCUUGCAAAAAUGUGCCCUGGUAGAAGUGUCUUGUUAAAUACUUUGGCCUUGGGAGAAUCAGACCAAGAAUCGGAAGUCAUGGAGGAUAUGGACACAUUCCUUACGCGGCUUCACAGCAACAUCAGCACCCUCUCUGCCUUUUAUGCACAACAUGGGCUUGAAACAAAUACUAGAGUAUGAGAAAAACUUAUUACAAGACCAGUUCCAGAGGUGCUGUUUAAAAAGUACAAGUCAUCGUUUAAAAAAAAGUCAGUAUUAGAUGUUUAAAAAAAUUAAAUGUUGUACACACAUUUUAAUGAAACUGUUUGGUGCUUCAACUUUUAAGAAAAUAUUUACACAAAGAAGUGCCUGUUUGUCGUAAAUGACAGUUUUCUGUGCUCAAUGCUUGUCUUCAAAUAAGCAAUAAGAUUUAGUAUCAUAAAAUUGUCAAUUAGAAAAUUGUUAAUCACACAAUCAUAUGUACUUAAGGAGAAAAUAUUUAUUUUCUGUAAGAAGUUUUAUUGUCUAAUGUUAAGAGAAAAGAAAAAAUCUUCCAUUUUUA